AUGAACGCGACACGGACCUUCAACCGUCGCUUCGUGACGUCAGGACGCGACUGCCCAGCCAAGAUGGCUGACAGCAUCCCGUUAAAUCCGAUGCGGAAGAACUCGAAGAGAAUCCCGUAUUACAACUCCUCCAGACUUUCAAGGUUCUCUUUGGAAGAUGAGUCGUCCAACUUGGACGAGAUGCCUCUGAUGAUGUCGGAGGAAGCCUUCGAGAAUGACGAGAGCGACUACCAGACACUGCCCCGGGCCAGAGUGGGUCAGAGACAGAGGGGCCUCUGCUGGUUCCUAUCGGGGGGCUGGAAGGUCCUCUGCAGCAGCUGCUGCGACUGCCUGGCUCACGUCUGCCGCAGGAAGAAGGAGCUGAAGGCCAGAACCGUUUGGCUCGGCCGCCCAGAGAAGUGCGAGGAGAAGUACCCCAAAAACGCCAUCAAAAACCAGAAGUACAACAUCCUCACCUUUGUGCCUGGGGUUCUCUACCAGCAGUUCAAGUUCUUCCUGAAUCUGUAUUUCCUGGUGGUGGCCUGCUCCCAGUUCGUGCCAUCUCUGAAAAUAGGAUAUCUGUACACAUACUGGGCCCCGCUGGGUUUCGUGCUGGCUGUGACGAUGGUGCGAGAGGCGGUGGACGAGGCGCGGCGCUACCAGCGGGACAAGGAGAUGAACUCCCAGCUCUACAGCAAGCUGACGCUGCGAGGUAAAAUUCAAGUAAAGAGUUCAGACAUUCAGGUUGGAGACAUGAUCAUAGUGGAGAAGAACCAGAGGAUUCCUGCCGACCUGAUCUUCCUCAGGACGUCAGAGAAAAACGGGUCGUGCUUCAUCCGCACCGAUCAGCUGGACGGAGAAACCGACUGGAAGCUGAAGGUGGCCGUCGGCUGCACCCAGCGGCUGCCAGCCGUCGGGGACCUCUUCUCCAUCAGCGCCUACGUCUACGCCCAGAAGCCCCAGCUGGACAUCCACAGCUUCGAGGGGAACUUUACCCGGGAAGACACAGAGCCACAAAUCCACGAGAGCCUGAGCAUUGAAAACACUCUGUGGGCCAGCACAGUGGUCGCCUCUGGAACUGUGAUCGGGGUGGUGAUCUACACGGGAAAGGAGACCCGCAGCGUCCUGAACACUUCCUACGCCAAGAACAAGGUUGGCCUGUUGGACCUGGAGCUGAACCGCCUCACCAAAGCCCUGUUCCUGGCCCAGGUGGUGCUGUCGGUCGUCAUGGUUGCGCUGCAGGGCUUCGUGGGCCCUUGGUUUCGCAACCUGUUCCGCUUCGUGGUGCUCUUCUCCUACAUCAUCCCCAUCAGCCUGCGUGUCAACCUGGACAUGGGGAAGUCGGCCUACGCCUGGAUGAUCACCAAGGACGAGAACAUCCCGGGAACGGUCGUCAGAACCAGCACCAUCCCAGAGGAACUGGGCCGGCUCGUUUAUCUGCUCACAGACAAGACGGGCACGCUGACUCAGAAUGAGAUGAUAUUCAAGCGGCUGCACCUGGGAACAGUGUCCUAUGGCACAGACACCAUGGACGACAUCCAGAGCCACAUCGUGCAGUCCUACUCACAGAAGGCCCAAAGUUCAGGACCGAAGGUCCGGAAGAGCGUCAGCAGCCGCAUCCAUGAGGCGGUGAAGGCCAUCGCUCUGUGCCACAACGUCACGCCGGUGUACGAGCCGCACGCCGGCGAGGCCGAGUCCGCCGAGGCCGACCAGGACUUCAGCGACGAGAACCGCACCUACCAGGCCUCCAGUGGCCCUGGUCCGGUGGACGGAGAGCGUGGGCCUGACCCUGGUCAACAGAGACCUGGCCUCCCUGCAGCUCAGGACUCCCUCUGGACAGAUCCUGAGGAGUCGACGGGGGAAAUCACCUUCUACAUGAAGGGCGCCGAUGUCGCCAUGGCGACCAUCGUCCAGUACAACGACUGGCUGGAGGAGGAGUGUGGGAAUAUGGCCCGAGAGGGCCUGAGGACUCUGGUGGUGGCCAAAAAGUCCCUGUCCGAGGAGCAGUACCAGGACUUUGAGAGUCGCUACAACCAGGCCAAGCUGAGCAUCCACGACCGGGGGCUGAAGGUGGCGGCGGUGGUGGAGAGCCUGGAGAGGGAGAUGGAGCUCCUGUGUCUGACCGGCGUGGAGGACCAGCUGCAGGCAGACAUCUGGAUGCUGACCGGUGACAAACUGGAGACGGCCACCUGCAUCGCCAAGAGCUCCCACUUGGUUUCCAGGAGCCAGGACAUCCACGUCUUCAGACCGGUGUGUCUGAGGUACUACGAGCAUGAGUUUGUUGAGCUGGCGUGCCAGUGCCCGGCGGUGGUGUGCUGCCGCUGCUCACCCACCCAGAAGGCCCAGAUCGUCAGCCUGCUGCAGCAGCACACGGCCAACAGGACUUGUGCCAUCGGUGAUGGAGGAAACGACGCCUCGCUGGCGGCCGACUUCUCCAUCACGCAGUUCAGGCACAUCGGCCGGCUGCUGAUGGUCCACGGCAGGAACAGCUACAAGCGCUCGGCCGCGCUCGGCCAGUUCGUGAUGCACAGAGGCAUGAUCAUCUCCACCAUGCAGGCUGUUUUCUCCUCCGUAUUCUACUUUGCCUCCGUGCCACUUUACCAGGGUUUCCUGAUGGUGGGGUAUGCCACCAUCUACACCAUGUUCCCCGUCUUCUCUCUGGUUCUGGACCAGGACGUGAAGCCCGAGAUGGCGCUGCUCUACCCAGAGCUCUACAAAGACCUCACCAAGGGCCGCUCUCUGUCCUUCAAGACCUUCCUGCCGUGCAGCAGAGAUCCACCUUCCUGCUGCCCGAGCGUGACUUCCUCCUUAAUUAAAGGCCAGGAGCAGCUCUGUGGAACAUUAAUACGACGCCAGAGCGGCAGUAUUUACUACAGGCUAAUCGACUGCGCAGGAAUCCUGAAGCUGCGAAACUCCGACAUCGAGCUGAGGAAGGGCGAGACCGACAUCGGGAGGAAGAACACGCGUGUGCGGAUGGUUUUCAGAGUCCACAUCAACCAGCCCAGCGGCAGAACCGUGUCCCUGCAGGCGGCCUCCAACCCCAUCGAGUGCUGUGAGUCUGCAGCCCUCAUCAUUUUUGGGAAAAUAAUUUAG